GUACUGUGGGCAGACUACCCGAACCGGAAGCCAUCUCGGCCAUACCUUCACUAUAUGCUUGGGUCACAGUUUCUGGUGCCCAUGGCGACCUGAGGAGAGGCUCCAUGUUGCAGCUCUACUCCAUGGAGUCUAGGUCCAGAACAGAGAGCGGUGGUGGGCGUAGGCUUCGCAGUUCUACGCACUUGGCUCACGGCCUUUGGGAGCUCUCGGAGCCCUGUAGGCACUUACCUCUGCUGCAGCGCUUUGUCUGCGAGCGAGAGGUGGAUCGAGCCAUUCUCACUGAGAAGAACUGGGUGCGCACAGAUGCUUCCCGUGCCGAAGGUCAAGCUGCCUUCAGCAUCAAGUUGGCGCACGACUGAUGCGGAACAAACAUGGCACGAUGAUAGGGAAUUUGCCGGAAAAUCUGCUAUCUUAAUGCUUCAGGUUAAAU